AUGUCUGGUUCUGCUAGCGCUGAACCAAGCAACCCUAACAGAGAAGAUCCUGUUGUUGACUCUGCGAAUACCCCACAUGCAAGAAGACCUAAAGAAAUUGUAUCAGGCUUCUCCUCAACCAUCGCUCUUGAAGAACAAACCAAAGAAGGUUCCACGUAUGUUCACAAUGCCAUUGCCACUAUGGUGACUGGAAUACUGUCUGGUAAUCAUAAGGUCCUUGGGGUUUCCAUUCCCUUAAACAUUAUUGAACCUGAUAGUGUUACUUAUCAAGAAAAUACUGAGUCUUUAGGAAAGAAUAUCUUUGAUGAUGUUGAGCAAACAAAUGCUCUUAAGGAGUCAAAUGUUGACAAACCCUUAGAUAAUGUGGCUGGUGGGGAAGUUCAUGUCACUCAUGAUGUUAGUGACAACCCUAACUGUGAGGCUGAAACAGUAGACCUGGAGGAAUUUUCUGAUAAUGAGUUGUUGUCCUCUAUCCUCCCUAACAUAGCCAAAAGGAGCAAAGGGGUGCCCAAGAAAAAGAAGACCAAGUCUGUUGUUGUUGAGUCUGACUCAGAUGUUCCGUGUAAUGUGUCUGACACUCUGUCAAAGAAGAAGCCAACCACCAGCAAUCUUGCAGCUAGUGUCCCUGAGGUACCAAUUGACAACAUAUCUUUUCAUUUUGCUUCAAGUGUAAACAGGUGGAAAUAUGUUUAUCAGAAAAGACUGGCUUUGGAAAGGGAAUUAGCUCAGAAUGUCCUAGACUGUAAGGAUAUUAUGGACCUUAUUCAAGAGGCUGGUUUAAUAAAGAUUGUGACUCAGUUCUCAAAGUGCUAUGAGAUGUUCGUAAAGGAAUUUAUUGUUAAUUUGUCUAAAGAAUGUGUUGAUGGCAAGUCUAAGGAAUUCAGGAAAGUGAAUGUGAGAGGCAAGUGUGUAAAUUUCCCUCCCUCAGUGAUCAACAAGUAUUUGGGAAGGCCUGAUGUAGCUCAACCUGAGCUUGAGGUGACUGACAACAAAAUCUGCCAAGUCAUCACUGCUAAUCAAGUAAGGAAGUGGCCUCUCAAGGGAAAAUUGGUGGCCAGUAAACUGAGUGUUAAAUAUGCAAUGCUACAUAAGAUUGGAGCUGCUAUCUGGGUGCCCGCCAAUCAUAAAUCUACAGUUGCGGUAAUGCUUGGAAAGUUUAUAUAUAUUGUUGGAACCAAAGCCAAUUUUGACUAUGGCUCCUAUAUUUUUGAUCAAACUUUGAAGCAUGCAGGAAGCUUCAGUGUGAAGGGUCCUAUAGCCUUUCUUUCUCUUAUAUGUGGUAUUGUUUUGAAUCAGUUUCCAAACAUCUUAACAGAGAAUGAUUCUGUGAAGAAAAGAGACAACCCUAUGUCCUUCAAUCAUAAGUUUUUCCUAGGUACCCAUGUUUCUAACGUUGUCAUGACAACAGGUGAGACAUCACGUGUAAGCAAUCAACCAGGUAAAGUUGUUGUCAUUGCAAUUCCUAAAGAAACUUGCAGGGAGUUAGAGGCAAGGAAGCUGAACUUGGAAAAUUUGAUUAGCACUUUGGAGAUGACUGAAGGUGAUGUGUUUGGUGAAGCUGCUGGUGGUGCAGAAGAAGCUGGAAGACAGGGUGAAGAGGGAGAAGCAGAUGCCAGUCCUGAUGAUGGCACAGAUGAUGAUGCUGACUCUGAGUCAUAUGACUAG